GCUCCGCGCGGCGCUGCUCCGCUACGGCUCCCGCUCGCCUUGGGCUCCGGCUCGGGCUCUGGAGGCGUCGCCUCCCGAGCUGCGGGUCUCCAGGACCCAGGCGGCUGUGCCCCAGCCAUGGCCCGAGCUCAGGCUCUGGUCCUGGCGCUCACCUUCCAGUUCUGCGCGCCGGAGACCGAGACUCCCGCAGCUGGCUGCACCUUUGAGGAGGCGAGUGACCCGGUCGUGCCCUGCGAGUUCAGCCAGGCUCAGUAUGAUGACUUCCAGUGGGAGCAAGUGCGGAUCCAUCCUGGCACCCGGACCCCUGCAGACCUGCCCCACGGUGCCUACUUGAUGGUCAACGCUUCCCAGCAUGCUCCAGGCCAGAGGGCACAUAUCAUCUUCCAGACCCUGAGUGAGAACGACACCCAUUGUGUGCAGUUCAGCUACUUCCUGUAUAGCAGGGAUGGCCACAGCCCAGGCACCCUGGGUGUCUAUGUGCGCGUGAAUGGGGGCCCUCUGGGCAGUGCCGUGUGGAAUAUGACUGGAUCCCACGGCCGUCAGUGGCACCAGGCUGAGUUGGCUGUCAGCACCUUCUGGCCCAAUGAGUAUCAGGUGCUGUUUGAGGCCCUUAUCUCCCCAGACCACAAGGGCUACAUAGGCUUAGACGACAUCUUGCUAUUCAGCUAUCCGUGCGCAAAGGCCCCUCACUUCUCCCGCCUUGGAGACGUGGAGGUCAACGCGGGCCAGAAUGCAUCCUUCCAGUGCAUGGCAGCGGGCAGAGCUGCAGAGGCGGAACGCUUCUUCCUGCAGCGGCAGAGUGGGAUGCUGGUGCCUGCGGCCGGGGUGAGGCACAUCAGCCACCGGCGCUUCCUGGCCACUUUUCCACUGGCCUCGGUAGGCCGCGCAGAGCAGGAUCUGUACCGUUGCGUGUCCCAGGCCCCGCGUGGUGCUGGAGUCUCCAACUUCGCAGAGCUCAUCGUCAAAGAGCCCCCCACCCCCAUCGCGCCCCCACAGCUGCUGCGUGCAGGCCCCACCUACCUCAUCAUCCAGCUCAACACCAACUCCAUCAUUGGCGACGGGCCGAUCGUGCGCAAAGAGAUCGAGUACCGCAUGGCACGGGGCCCGUGGGCCGAGGUGCACGCUGUCAACCUGCAGACCUACAAACUGUGGCAUCUGGACCCGGACACUGAGUAUGAGAUCAGCGUGCUGCUCACGCGCCCGGGAGAUGGAGGCACAGGCCGCCCGGGGCCACCACUGAUCAGCCGGACCAAGUGCGCAGAGCCCACGAGGGCCCCCAAAGGCCUGGCUUUUGCUGAGAUCCAGGCUCGCCAGCUGACCCUGCAGUGGGAGCCCCUGGGCUACAAUGUCACGCGUUGUCAUACCUAUGCGGUGUCCCUUUGCUAUCACUACACCCUGGGUGGCAGCCACAACCAGACCAUCCGGGAGUGUGUGAAGAUGGAGCAGGGUGCCAGCCGCUACACCAUCAAGAAUCUGCUGCCGUUCAGGAACGUCCACGUGCGUCUGAUUCUCACCAACCCGGAGGGGCGCAAGGAGGGCAAGGAGGUCACCUUCCAGACAGAUGAAGAUGUGCCUGGUGGGAUUGCAGCUGAGUCCCUAACCUUCACUCCACUGGAGGACAUGAUCUUUCUCAAGUGGGAGGAACCCCAGGAACCCAACGGCCUCAUCACUCAGUAUGAGAUCAGCUACCAAAGCAUUGAGUCCUCAGACCCAGCAGUGAACGUGCCUGGCCCGAGACGCACCAUCUCUAAACUCCGAAAUGAGACCUACCAUGUCUUCUCCAACCUGCACCCCGGCACCACGUAUCUAUUCUCCGUGCGUGCUCGCACAAGCAAGGGCUUUGGCCAGGCAGCUCUCACCGAGAUAACCACCAACAUCUCAGCUCCCAGCUUUGAUUAUGCUGACAUUCCAUCACCCCUGGGCGAGUCUGAGAACACCAUCACUGUGCUGUUGAGGCCGGCUCAGGGCCGUGGAGCCCCCAUCAGUGUCUACCAGGUGGUCGUGGAGGAAGAGCGACCACGGCGCUUGCGGCGGGAGCCCGGAGGUCAGGACUGCUUCUCGGUACCUCUGACCUUUGAGACGGCCCUGGCUCGAGGCCUGGUGCACUACUUUGGGGCUGAACUUGCUGCCAGCAGCCUGCUUGAGGCCAUGCCUUUCACUGUGGGUGACAACCAGACUUAUCGUGGCUUCUGGAACCCACCGCUUGAGCCCAGGAAGGCCUACCUCAUCUAUUUCCAGGCAGCAAGCCACCUGAAAGGGGAAACCCGACUGAACUGCAUCCGAAUUGCCAGGAAAGCUGCGUGUAAGGAGAGCAAGCGACCCCUCGAAGUGUCCCAGAGAUCGGAGGAGAUGGGGCUUAUCCUGGGCAUCUGUGCAGGUGGCCUUGCCGUCCUCAUUCUCCUCCUGGGGGCCAUCAUUGUCAUCAUCCGUAAAGGGAAGCCAGUGAACAUGACGAAAGCCACGGUCAACUACCGCCAGGAGAAGACUCACAUGAUGAGUGCCGUAGACCGCAGCUUCACAGAUCAGAGUACUCUGCAGGAGGAUGAGAGGCUGGGCCUGUCCUUUAUGGAUGCUCCUGGCUACAGCCCUCGGGGAGACCAGCGAAGCGGUGGUGUCACGGAGGCCAGCAGCCUCCUGGGGGGUUCUCCUCGGCGCGCAUGCGGCCGGAAGGGCUCCCCGUAUCACACGGGGCAGCUUCACCCCGCAGUGCGCGUGGCGGAUCUUCUUCAGCACAUCAAUCAGAUGAAGACAGCUGAGGGCUACGGCUUCAAGCAGGAGUAUGAGAGUUUCUUUGAAGGCUGGGAUGCCACCAAGAAGAAAGACAAGUCCCAUGGCAGCCGACAGGAGCCGGUGUCCGCCUAUGGUCGACACCAUGUGAAACUCCACUCGAUGCUGGGAGACCCCGACGGCGACUACAUCUCUGCCAACUACAUAGACGGCUACCACAGAUCUAACCACUUCAUAGCCACUCAAGGGCCGAAGCCUGAGAUGGUCUACGAUUUCUGGCGCAUGGUGUGGCAGGAGCAGUGUGCGAGCAUCGUCAUGAUCACCAAGCUGGUAGAGGUGGGCAGGGUCAAGUGCUCUCGCUACUGGCCUGAGGACUCAGACAUGUAUGGGGACAUCAAGAUCACGCUGGUAAAGACUGAGACCCUGGCUGAGUAUGUGGUGCGCACCUUUGCCCUGGAGCGGAGAGGUUACACUGCCCGGCAUGAGGUCCGCCAGUUCCACUUCACAGCAUGGCCAGAGCAUGGUGUCCCCUACCAUGCCACAGGGCUGCUGGCCUUCAUCCGGCGUGUGAAAGCUUCCACUCCACCUGACGCUGGGCCCAUUGUCAUUCACUGCAGUGCAGGCACUGGCCGCACAGGCUGCUACAUUGUCUUGGACGUGAUGCUGGACAUGGCCGAGUGUGAGGGGGUCGUGGACAUUUACAACUGCGUGAAGACCCUGUGUUCCCGGCGGGUCAACAUGAUCCAGACGGAGGAACAAUACGUCUUCAUCCACGAUGCAAUCCUGGAGGCCUGCCUGUGUGGGGAGACCACCAUCCCUGUCAAUGAGUUUAAGGCCACCUACAGGGAGAUGAUCCGCAUUGACCCUCAGAGUAAUUCCUCCCAGCUUCGGGAAGAAUUCCAGACGCUGAACUCUGUCACACCGCCACUGGACGUGGAGGAGUGUAGCAUUGCCCUGUUGCCCCGGAAUCGAGACAAGAACCGUAGUAUGGACGUGCUGCCGCCAGACCGCUGCCUGCCCUUCCUCAUCUCCAGUGACGGGGACCCCAACAACUACAUCAAUGCAGCACUGACUGAUAGCUACACACGGAGCGCCGCCUUCAUCGUGACCCUGCACCCUCUGCAGAGUACCACACCCGACUUCUGGCGGCUGGUCUAUGACUAUGGGUGCACCUCCAUCGUCAUGCUGAACCAACUUAACCAGUCCAACUCUGCCUGGCCCUGCCUGCAGUACUGGCCAGAGCCAGGCCGACAGCAGUAUGGGCUCAUGGAGGUGGAGUUUGUGUCUGGCACAGCAAACGAGGAUCUGGUGUCCCGAGUGUUCCGGGUGCAGAACUCUUCUCGGCUGCAGGAGGGUCACCUGCUGGUACGGCACUUUCAGUUCCUGCGCUGGUCUGCUUAUCGGGACACGCCUGACUCCAGGAAGGCCUUCCUGCACCUGUUGGCUGAGGUGGACAAGUGGCAGGCAGAGAGUGGGGAUGGGCGCACCGUGGUGCAUUGUCUCAACGGCGGUGGCCGUAGUGGCACCUUCUGUGCCUGUGCUACGAUCUUGGAGAUGAUCCGCUGUCACAGCCUGGUGGAUGUUUUCUUUGCUGCCAAAACGCUUCGGAACUACAAGCCCAAUAUGGUGGAGACCAUGGAUCAAUACCAUUUCUGCUAUGACGUGGCCCUGGAGUACCUGGAGGCUCUGGAAUUGAGAUAGCAGGCGCCUGGCCUGGCACACCCAGUGAACACGCAGGGCAUGGCCCAUCAUCCCAGACUGAUGAGGAGGGCCUGUGGCCCCAACUUUGCUCAGCCAUAAUUCCACAGGGAGAACAUGGGGACGGAUGCUGCACUAUCUUGGUGUCCCCCAUGGGAAGGCUGCAGGCCAAGGAGGAGCUUUGCAAGACUGUAUCAGCCCCACCUCCAGAAGGCCCUGCAGACCUGUGCAGAGAAGCUUGCCUGGGAUAGUGGCACUGGCCAAAAUAGCUAGUGCUGGGGAGCCCAGGCUAGCCCUCUCCAUUCUAUUACAGUCCUUGGCAAGAAAUGAAUGAGCGACUGCAGAGAGUGUCCAAGGUUUGCACCCAGUGUGGUUCCUGCUGCACAUGGUUGAAGCUCACUGGAACUUGACAGGGGCUGCGUCUCAGCUGCCUGAGCCCCUGAGAGUCCUGAAGUUGGGACUCCUCCCUGUCUUGCCAGUGGGACACGCUAACCAUCCUGCAGCGUCGUUCUCCAUCCCACUGCCCUUAUAGACCCGGGGUGCUCCCACUGCCCCUACAGACCCGGGGUGCGUUGUUGCUCGUCAUGCUUUCCUCCUGCUUCUGAGCUUUUCCUGCAACAGGACCUGUGCCUCCCUCCUGGGCUCCAUCCCUGCCUGGCCCAGUAUAUGUAGAAUGAUACACUUCAGCUCCCUCUUCCCUGGCCUUCAGGUCGCCAUGGCUUGGUCCUGCUCAGCUUGGGCCUGUGACAAUCCACAAGGCUGAAUCACAGCCCCUGGGGUUGAGGUCCCUGUGGCUCUUGGUGAGGCUGUGGGCUAGAGCAGGGCUGGUGCCAGCUCCUAGAGUGCAGAGAAAGAAGGGGUGCUUUGGGAUGGAGGGCCAGUGCUUUUUUUGUUGUUAUUUUGCUAUGUUUUUGAUGGGAGGGUGGGAAGUUCUCUUUAUAAUGGGGUAGGCCACACCCCUAUUUCGUGCCUCAAUUUCCCCAUCUGUAAACUGUAGAUAUGACUACUGACCUACCUCGCAGGGGGCUGUGGGGAGGUGUAAGGUAAUGUUUGUAAAGUGCUUUGUAAAUAAAUGUGCUUUCUGAAUGCCA